AUGCCAGGAGAUAAAAUGGAAAAGGCUAUGAAGGCACUACAAGAAUCCAUCGAAGCAAUGAAUGCUAAAAUGGAUACCAACCUUGAAGUGAUCAACAAAAGAAUGGAUAGCAAUUACGACUUAAUUAACAGAAAAAUGGAAGAAAAACAAGAAGAACACAUUAACUAUCGAGAACAAUUUCAACAGAGUUUAAACGCUUUGAAGUUAAUGAACAACGAUUUAACUAAUAAAUUAUUGGAAUUAAAGACAAAGGAUGACGAAGAAAGAAAGGCUUUGUACGAUGCAUCAAUUGAGUUCAACAGUUUCCAACAGGAACAGGAAAAAUUAAAAAAGAAAGCAAAGGAACUUGGUGUAGAAUUAAAACAAGAGAGAGAGCAAGCUGAAGCAGUUUUUAAUCUCGAAGAACAAGCUUUAAAUACCAAGUUUGAACAAGAAGACAAGGAAUUAUCAAACAUUACAAAAGGAAUCACUGACGAUUUACCUUUAUACUUGCAAAAUUUCAAAGGAGAACUUAUUAAUGAAGUUCAAACACUAAUCGCUCAACAAGAACAACCAACUCAAGAUAAAACCGCUAUUAAUGAAAAACAAAAAGAAAAAUUACUAUUAACAAAAAUAAGAAAACACUCCCCCUUAAUUAUAAUGGAUGAACAACACCGGAUCGCAGCAGCAUGUAACAAAAGUUUUGUAGACGUUACUCUAAUCCCUACAACCUCUAUGGUAGUAGAAAACAUAUACACAAAAGAUAAUACAGCUGCAAUUCUAGAAAUCCAACAAGCACUUAUUAACAAACGAGUACAAUAUAGUGACUGGAGCAUGUUUCUUUCACUGUGCUGUAAGAGCAGCGCUGCGCACCAUUUAAGAGACGCAAGAGGAAAUAUUAUGUCAUGGAAAGAUUGUAUACUAAGUAUCUAUAAAUAUUUCAAUUUUCAGAAAUCUGCUUCACAGGCAGAAGAUGAACUAGUUAACCGACAAAUUACGGAUGGUGAAAAUGUGACAAUGUUCAUGUUACAACUUACAGAAAUGGCAAACGCAAAAAGAUCAACCAAUCUUUUUCCUAUAUUACUAAGAAAGUUGAAGUUAAUAAUGAGACAACAAUUUCCCACUAUAAAAAUUCCAAAUUUCUCCGAUUUUAGCAAUUAUGAAGAUGUCGUUGGAUAUAUAAAUGAAUUUUUACCAGAAGAUCAAAUAUACACAAAUAGCAACACACAAACCACUAACUUAUUCGCUUUACAAAAUUAUCAAAACAAAAAUAGAAACAUAGCUAAGAAAAUUCUUUUUUAUUGCACAAAUUGUACAUGUAAUAAAUGCAGAAACAUCAAUAGUUACCAAAAUAAAAAACCAGGUUUCUGUCUAAACUGUUCGUGCACAAAAUGUAAUAAUACCAAAACCAAGUACUACCAAAACAAACGAACAAACAACGGAUCACUAACAAACAAAAAAUACAAUAUAAAUGAAAUCCAAAUAGCUAACAACAACGAAGAAAAUCCUUACCACGAACAAAAUGACAGCGAUUACUCUCGUCAAUUCACAACUAUCGAAAUAAACGAAGAAACCGAUUCAGAUGAAGAACAAGACAUAAAUAAUGAAAUACUCGACAGCUAUAUCGAAAGCUAUUCAGACAAUACACAAAACGAUGCAGAACCUUCCGUUCAAGUUAACUCCUUACAGCUAAAUAAUACCGAAAUUAAUCAUUUCAAUGAUAAACAACCUAACCUAAUUUUUGACACUGGCGCUGACGCGAAUUUCAUAUAUCAACCCAUUCUACAAACCCAUCAACACAAACUUCAUAACCUAAUAAUUACCAUAAUUGACACUAUCCACUGUACUCCCAUUCUAAUAAAACCUGCUAUAGGAAAUACAUAUAUAAUUGACAAAAUCGCAAGGGUCAAGAUACAAACCAACAAUUUCCAUAUUGAAGAAAAAUUCUUCAUAAUUCCCGAACAACGAACUAAUAUAAUUUUUGGAAAACCACUAUUAAAACUUUUGAAGUACCAACUACAGGAGAACCACGAAUCUAUUGAAAUCAACGGAACACGCGUGAUCAUCCCCACUGUCAAUCCCUUACUAAACAACCAACCACAUAUACGACUAAUAAAGCAAACUGAGAUCAAAGAACAGUUGCGUCAGCAAUAUCCACUAGUAUUCGCCGAAGCUACUCUUAACACAAAGAAAACAAAACAUAAUUACAUUGCUUUUGUACGACUCAACAACUUUCCAUACCAUAAACCCAAAGCAUAUUUUACUAACCAAUUACAACGACAAGCUAUCCAACAAUUUAUUACACAAUCCCUAGAAUCCCACAUGAUAUCUCCAAUAGCUACCGACGAGUUAGUAGCGCUUAGUCCCGUUUUCCCUAUACAACAAUCCAAGGAUAAAAUUAGAAUUAUUACCGACCUCAGGAAGGUAAAUAACCAUUUACAAUACACUCCAAGACCCAUUCCACCAAUACAACAUAUUUUCUCCAACCUCGCUAAUAAAACAAUUUUCUCAUCACUUGACAUCCGUAAAGCUUACCAGCAAAUUCCCAUAAAAGGAGAUAAAUUAGGACUCAUUACAGAAUUUGGUAGUUAUAAAUUCAAUCGACUCCCCUACGGUCUGGCAUCAGCACCCUAUUGGUGGGGCGAAUUUAUUCAAAAUCUUCUAAAACAACUGCCAACAUCCAAAAAUACCACAGUUUCAUAUUAUUACGAUGACCUAGUUAUUGCUUCUUUGACAAUCGCAGACCAUUACUCUACCUUACAAAAUAUCAUGCGCCUUUUAUCUGACCACGGUCUAUCGCUCAGUUAUGAAAAGAUUCAUAUUGCUGAAUCCAAAAUUCAUUUCCUCGGUUACGAAAUUUCACAUAACCGCUUAGCUAUAGAUAAAGACAAGAAAAAUACCAUUGCUCAAUGGGAAUUACCCCAAGAUAAAAAAGCUAUCGAAAAAUUCACAGGUUUUGUAAAUUUCCUUCGAAAUUUCAUCCCCAAUGCCUCAAAACUCUUACAACCAUUUUACCAAUUUGCAACGGGCAAAACUCCAACACAACACAUCAACACGACAAAAUCCGCUAUGACAACCAAUUUCCACCUUAUCAAACAAGCAAUAUUAAAAUCUAUCACAUUAAAGCUAUUUGACCCACAGGCCCCAACGAUCAUCUAUACCGACGCCAGCCUUACGGGUGCAGCUUCAAUCCUAUUACAACCCGAAAACCAAAACGGCAACACCAUACUUUACCCUAUUGCUUUCUAUUCCAUCAGGUUCAAUCCUACCCAACAACGGUACUCUACCGUCGAACGAGAACUAUGGGCAGUAUUGCACACCCUUGAAAAAGCCCGGUUAUUGUUAUCUUCCAAUAUUACAAUAUACACUGACAACCAAGGCAUUAUUAGCAUAGGAAAGACCGAACGAGCCACCCAUCCACGGUUAACCAAAUACCUCGACUUACUCAAUACGUACCGACUAACCUGGAAAUACAUUAAAGGUUCACAAAACUACGUCGCAGAUUACCUCAGCCGAUACGGACUCAGCCAGAAAACCACUCUAAAUCUUGACGAAUGGGAACAACUUGGCACUACUAUUGACCUAGCUACUACACAACUAAAUAACCUUACUAACGAACCCUCCGCUAACGACACAGACCUCAUCAUAAACAAUGUCCACAACCUAUCCUGGUCUCAGAUCCUUGAGAUUCAACAAAUCCUUCGAGAAAACUUACCGGUACCACAAAUAUACCAGAACAUUAUUCACAUAUUUACGUGGGUUAACAACAAUUUUUAUAUCUUUUACCACCAACAACUUCAUCACAUCUUAACCGACAUCGAUUAUAUCCAGAAAGCCACUUCAGCUCACAACAGAUUCCAUGCCAGUCAUCGUGUACUUGAACAAAUCAUGGUUCAAGAAAAGUAUUGGAAUCCCAAACACUCGGUAUUAUUAUUGGAUAUAGUUAGGAACUGCCAACACUGUGAGACAUACCAACGUUUCAUCGACUUACCAGUCGAACUCCCAAAAAUGAAAGUUACUCCACCACUCACCCGAUGGCAUUUCGAUUUUGCGGGACCUCUUCCAUCUUCGAAUGAUUAUCAAUAUUUCAUUCUCGCAGUCGAUUAUACUUCGAAUAUCACAGUUACGAAACCUAUUAAAUCACCUAACUCCUAUGCUGUUACCGAUAUAAUUUUACAAAUAUAUGCUUUAUUUGGCAAACCCCAUGCUAUAAUUACGGAUAAUGCACAAAGUUUUAUUUCUGAUCUUAUUCAAAGAGAAGUAAAAAGACUACACCUAAAUUACUACCAGAGUUCUGUAUACAACCCGAGAGGAAACAGCAAAGCUGAAAGGACCAUUAAAAUGAUAAAAACUGUACUGAAACAUUUGGAACCAAAUCUAGUCAACUGGCCAGCAAAUUUAUACAACGCGACAAACAUAGUCAACAACACUAAAAUGAUAUACGGAUAUGCGCCUUGUGAAAUCGCGUUUGCAAAACAAGCUCAUAUUCCCAAAAAGCAACAUAGCUGGUUACCACUCCAGGAAAGCCAGUCGUCUAUAUCGAUCGAUGCAACAAGUCAAUUUCAACAAGAAGAACAAGUUCAAAUUGCGUUAUUCAACCACAAACUACUACAUGAAGCAAGGAAGAUUACAAAAGAUGAAAGGACUAAGAUUCGCGAGAUGUUGCAUAGAGUUCGCAAAGACAAACAAAAUGAAAUGGAGUUUAUAGUUGGAGACCCCGUGUAUCGAUUAAGGAAAAAGAACAAAAUGCAUGAACCUACUUGGGAUGGUCCAUUUUAUAUAUCACAACAAGUUGGUCAACAUACAUAUAAAAUUAGAACAAAAAAUGGAAUAGAAAAGAAAUACACCUACCAUAGUACCAAAUUAAGACCUGCUUAUUCAGAACAGGGUUCGGCUAUCAGGACGGCAGCGGAAUACACCCGAGUAUAUAACGACCAAGAAAGGGAUUACUAUAUUAAAACCCUCGACGAUAUUAUAAAAGAUAAAGCGUACAAUUCGUCCACGCCAAGAGUUCUUUGA